AUGAUCGCAAUCUCUCGACAUUAUCUCUGCUUGUUUUUUGUCUGCAUCUUGCUAGCUGGGAAUUAUUACGCAUACGAUACACCCAGUUCCCUUAAUGUACCACUACGAGAACAUCUCGGAUCCGAUUACGACACGUGGCAGUGGCAGAUCAAUCUUCUUUACUCUGUCUACUCGCUACCAAACAUCUUUCUUCCCUUAAUCGGCGGCUUCCUAAUCGACCGCCUCGGAACCACAACAAUGCUCCUAGUAUUCUCAGCUCUCGUCUGUCUCGGUCAAGCACUCUUUGCAUUUGGAGUCUCAUCCAAGAGUUUCGCAAUAAUGCUAGCUGGUCGCAUACUCUUUGGAAUAGGUGGUGAAUCCCUCGAAGUAGCUCAAGCUCGAAUCACAACCGAUUGGUUUUCUCGCCAUUCUCUCGCAUUCGCGUUUGGUGUGAAUCUGUCUUCUGCUAGAUUAUUCACAGCUGCAAAUGACAACCUGUCGCCGUGGAUUCAUGCACACUUUUCAACACCUGCUGCUGCUUGGUUUGGUGUGAUUGUGGCUGCGACGUCGUUUCUAUCUGGUCUGGUUGUCAUAUAUCUGGAUCGUGAUGAAUCGAGACGUGAAGCUGGUGUUGCUAUACAAGAGACAACGGGGUAUCAUAAACGGAUUGUGACUCAUAGUAGUAGUGUAGAAGAUGAUGAGGUGUUUGACGAGACGACCCCGCUACGAGGUGCAGGAUAUAGUAAUACGUAUGAUGGAAUUAGUAUUGAAGCGGACGAUAGAUCAGAAUCAUUUGACGAGCAAGAUGAAACCGUUCAUUGCUCGCAAAUACGUGGUUUUAGAGGACAGUUUUGGCUGUUAUGCUUGAUAUGCAUUACUCUUUACGGCGCCAGUGUCCCCUUCUUCCACAUAUGCACAGACUUCUUCCAACAAAAGUGGUUGGUAGACGGUCAAGAAGCGGGCUGGCUGAUGUCUAUUCCUGAUAUCGUAUCGUCCGUUGGUUCUCCAGUCGCUGGCAUAAUGCUGGAUCAUUUUGGACAUCGAUCAACAGUACUCCCUAUAUCUGGUCUCAUACUCUUAAUCACGCAUACAUUAUUUGCAUUCACGAUGGUGAGUCCAAUGGUAUCCAUGACGCUUAUGGGUAUCGCAUAUAGUGUAUUUGCAUCAGGGCUGUGGCCAUGUGUGCCGUACUUGGUCGCAAGGCACCAAAUAGCUACAGCUUACGGGUUUGUUACGAUGGCGUUGAACAUGUCUUUAUUCCUCUUCCCACUCGUUGUAGCUCAAAUCCGUACUAUCGACGCAAAUUGGGUGAAUGUAGAACUCUUCUUUAUCGCAUUAUCGUCAGCCGCUGUAGCAGUAUCGCUGCUGCUUUGCAUACUAGAUUAUAGAAACAGUGGAGUGCUGACACACUCGUCGAAACGGAUUCAGGCAAAUCUAGAUGGAGAUUGUGAUACUGAAUCUGGUAUUGUGGGAGGUGUAGAGGACGAAGAAGUUACUACUACUACUAGUACUACCAAGGUUGUGGGUGAAGGAGUGUUCGUCAGCAUACCUGCUACUUCUCACCUGCCUUGGCUAGUUUGUGCAUCAUCACCACCAUCACCAUCAUUAUUACAAUGGACAAUCAUCAUCCCAUCCUCAACAUCAUUCGGGAACGCCGCCAGGCCAGUGUAG